AUGGGUUUGAUGCGAAAUGAUGAUGAUGGCACGGGUUCCAGCAGCUAUCGAUUGCCCGCUGUAUCUGAGCCGCUCUCAUACGAUUUGUAUCUCGAUCUGACGGAUAACAGUUUCGCUAGCUACACCGGAAUGGUUGAUAUUACAAUUAAAUACCUAGCAACUACAUUUUUCGCCGCAACUUACGCUCGCACCGUGUUUCCCUGUUACGAUGAACCAUCCUACAAGGCAAAGUUUAACAUCAAAAUUCGACAUCUGUCUUAUCAUACAGCUUUGUCCAACAUGCCGGUAACAGUCAGCACGCGCUUUGAUGGCUACAGUGAAACCACAUUCGAUACCACUCCUCUCAUGUCUACCUACCUGGUGGUAUUGGUCGUGUCAGAGAUGAAAACACUGUCCUCCGACAAGGAGCUUUUCCGAGUUUUUGCUCCGGAAAACAAGAUAAAUUAUACCAUUUAUGCGCAUGACUUUGCCGUCCGGGCUGUACGUGCACUGGAAACACACUUUGGUCGACAGAACCAAAUGUCAAAAAUAGAUCUAGUAGGCAUUCCUGAUUUCGCGAUGGGUGCUAUGGAGAACUGGGGUCUGAUAACGUUCCGGGAGGAUUAUUUGAUCUAUGAAGGUGAGAAGGAAACAACGGCCUAUGCUAAACAAAGGAUAGCCUCUGUGGUGACGCAUGAAUUGGUGCACAUGUGGUUCGGCAACGAGGUUACUCCUGAAUGGUGGACCUACGUUUGGUUGAAUGAGGGUUUUGCGAACUACUUCGAGUACUACAUCACAUCACAGUUGGAGCCUGCGUGGAAAUUCUGGGAUCAGUUUAUCGUGAGCAAUGUCCACUCGGCUCUUUCAAAAGAUUGUCAUAGUUCAGCCCGACCGAUGAACUACUAUGCAACAGAUCCGGCAAUUCUAAACGAACUAUACGAUUAUGUGGUGUAUGCAAAGAGUGCUUCGGUUAUACGAAUGAUACAGAACGUUAUAGGGCUUGAAACCUUCAAGCAGGCUAUCAACGACUAUUUGCGAUCACAGAGCUAUCUCACCACCAAACCGGAGUAUCUCUACGCGAGCAUUGAAAAGUUCCGCACCGUCGAUCUUCCGGCUAGCGUAGAAGCCAUCUUCGAGAGCUGGGCUAAUGCCCCAGGCUAUCCUGUCGUAACGGUUACGGUCGAUCGUACCAAGCGUACACUAACCGCUUCCCAGAAGCGCUUUUGGAUGCCAAACGAAGUAGACACACCACCGGAAAAUAAGCUGUUCUACAUUCCGCUGAAUUAUGCUUCAAAUGUACCUUCCUCAAACGAUUUCCAAGAUACAGCUCCCACAUUCUGGUUGACUCCGGCGGACCCUUCCACGACCAUUUCUCUAGAGACCAAUGUUGAGUGGCUUGUAGUGAACAAGCAGCAGACGGGAUACUAUCGGGUGAACUACGAUGUCGAGAGCUGGCACAAGUUGAUCGAGGUAUUGAAUAGCGAUCGUUUUGAGGAACUUCUUCCCGUCAUAAAUCGGGCACAGCUUGUAGACGAUGUAGCAAAUCUUGCCCGUGCAGGUCAAGUCGGUUACGAUGUGGCAUUGUCACUGAUACGCUAUCUGGAGCGGGAAACGGAAUACGUACCAUGGAGUACAGCUUACGAUGCAUUGCUGCACCUUGAUCGAAUGUUUUCAAGUAACGAGGAAUAUAUGCGAUUCGAAAGUUAUGGACGAACUAUAACCUCGCACGUUUUCAACGUAACUAACCUUGCUGAAGGAACCCAUCUGGAUAGGUUACACCGUGACAAAUCUAUUUAUUUAGCAUGCUAUUUUGGUGUACCGGCCUGUUUAAACAUGGCAACAUCGAUAGUCAAAGCUGCACUUGACGAGGAAACGUUAGACGUGCCCAAGGAGAUACAAUCUGCCGUGUUUUGUGCGUUACACAAGCAUGACUUGCCCAUUGAAGGAGACUACGGGAUCGAGCUUUUCCAAAAGUUCUGGCAAGCAACGGAUCAAUAUAAGCAUCUGAUGAAUAUGUUCAUCGGCAGUUUAGGAUGUUCGCGGAAUCCGGCUCUGACUGAGUUCUUCCUGCAAAUGAUUGAAAUAGAUACGCCUGCACUUCCGGUUACUAGCGCCAUGAAAAGUAAUAUACUAACAAGCAUGAUUGCAGGAAGUCCCAUUACGCGUAAUGCAGCGUUCCAGUACAUAAGGUCCCGGUUUGCCGUUGUGUCGGAUAUGCUGGACCGUCAAUUGGUACCCAUUUUUAAUGCUUUUGGUACAAGUAUAAAUACUCCCGCGGAAUACAAUAUGCUCAAGGAACUCGUACAAAGCUAUCAGGUCUCGCUGGUUCCGGCAUCGUUAGAAGCUGCCAAUCGUGCUCUCGUGCAGGCAGAACAGAACUUGAACUGGAUAGAUAAGCAUAAGGUUGCUGUUGCCAAAUGGCUGACAGAGGAAAACUUCGAAGGCGGAAUCCCAGACGAUAAUGGAGCAGAAGUGGCUUCUCCUUCAGUAGGAAUAUUUGCAGCGGUUGGGAUUAUCUCGAUUUCAUUGUGGCGUAUUCAAUGA